UAGUAAAUGUAAUAUAAUUUUCAAGAUGUAGUGGUAAGGUGUUGGUGUUGGUGUAGUUGGGUCAAGUUGGAAGAAAUGAACAGCUCGGGUGAAUGUCAUAAAUUUAUGUGAUAAAUACAUUCUGCAGACUUUCAGAACCAAUCAUGAGUGACACUCAUGAAUUGCUUGCUAAAGGAGCAACAACACCUGUAACUAAUCAAAACAUACCGGUGGACUCAACUAACCUCAACAAAUCAGACGUUCGCACCAGUGUUGAUAACCACAAUUUAAACAUAAAAUCUGAUCUUAAAUAUUAUGAUUCCAAAUUAUCCCCACUGACUCUGCCUCCAAAUUUAAAUGUCGAUCCUCAAAAUUAUAUGUUAAGAUGUGGAAGAGAUAGUAGAGGGUCAGGAAAUAGUGGAAGACCUAGAUCUCUGAGUUUUUCUGAUGGAAGUGUAACAAUGGAUCAAAAUCAUCCCAAAACUAAUCAAUUAUCUUCUAGGCAGCAGUCUAUUUCAACAAAUCCUCUAGAUUUGGACAUGUUUUGCCUCAGAGAAAGUGUCAACUCGCUGUCAACUCUAGAGCCCCAAGAUGUUAUGGUGCCUUAUGAAACCGAGGAUUUUGAAUCAAUUAACGAAGAUACACCAGCAACCCUUGGAUGUGCGAGGACCCUCUCAUUCCACGCGUUUUUAUGUACUUGCCAUCUAUCUUGUUGUUGCAUGUGCGAUUCAUUAUUCCCUCCGGACUGUGAAGCUUGUUUGUUGGGGGUCUGCAUACACUUAACGACAACUCAUUUGUGCUACAGGACAGUAGACAUUUUUCCUUCGGUUACUACAAUUAAAGACCAGAAUACUGUUAUCAAUGAUGAGUAUCUCCAAAAAACUAUCUUCGUGUGUGUGGACGACCCUUGCCGCAAGAUCGGACCAGAGAAGGCUCCGUGUUGUGAUGCUGGGGACAUGGCACUACAUCGCUUCGUCCAACACAGCUUCUCCAGUCUAGAGCGUUGCGAUAGGUGUAACAAGUACAUCAGGGGCCUUCUGCAUCAGGGACUUGUGUGUCAAGAUUGUGGCUUUAUCAGUCAUCUACAAUGUUCAACUGCUGGACUGUCCUUGUGUGUGCCUUCCAUUGACAGACCAAAACUGAGAUACCCAUCAGCUUUUGGUCAAGGGCUCUGCACUCUGUUCAACGUGAAGGACCAGCCUGCUCCUCUGCUCGUUACGCAUUGUUGCCAAGAAAUAGAGUACAGGGCUAGAACUCACGGCAAUUUUUUCCUCUAUAACCUUUUUAAGGGUCAUGCUUGUCCAGAUAAACUUUUUGAGCUUUGUGCCAAGUUCAACGAAGCUGUGGAGACAAAAAUACCUCUGUGUACUGUUGACUUAACCGAGUACGAUGUUCAUGUCAUCGCUGCUACCCUGAAGAAGUUCUUGCACGAACUGCCUGAUCCUGUCAUACCUGUUCAGUGGUACGAUCGUUUUGUGGAAGCAUCAAGAAUACGCAAUGAUGAGCAGUGUGGAGCCGUGCUGUACGGACUGGCCCAACAGAUGCCAGAACACCACCGUAGCACUCUGAACUUCUUGAUGGGCCACAUCUGUCGCCUCUCGCAGUUACAGCAUGCCAGAGGAACCAAAGAACCUCCACUUCAGCUUGUUCAUGUCUUGUGCUACGUUCUUAUUCGCCCUCCAUGGGAAAGGAUAAUACAACUGGUGUACAACACAGAGACCCACAUCCGAAUAAUGGAGAUGCUUUUGGUGCACGGAGAGUGGGGUGAAAAGUUGCCGGAGUUUCUGAGUGCCCCUGCACUGCCACCGCGCAAGAUCUCGCGGGUCAUCCCGCCCAUGGGCGAGGAGCUGGCGGAGAUGCCACGCACACUGCAGGAGGCUGAGUGGUACUGGGGGGACAUUACCAGGGAUGAGGUGAAUGACAAACUGAUGGACACACCAGACGGAACGUUUCUGGUGCGCAAUGCUCUGAGUAAGGGUGGGGAGUACACCUUGACACUUCGCAAGGGAGGCUCCAACAAGCUGAUCAAGAUCUCCCACCGCAACGGCAAAUAUGGCUUCUCGGAGCCGUUCAAGUUCAACACAGUGGUGGAGUUGGUGAACUUCUACAGAGGAGUGUCCCUCGCACAGUACAACCCCACCCUCGACAUCAAACUGCUGUACCCAGUCUCCAGAUUCCAGCAGGAGGAGGAAAUCUCCGGCUCUACAGACACUGCCAAGGUAGUCCAGAGGCUCAUGGAGUUGGACAAUGAGUACGAAAUGAAGACCAAACUGUACGAUGACUAUUCUGAGGACUUUGUGCUCACUUCUAAAGAGAUACAGAUGAAAAGACAAGCUCUGGAUGCCUUUGGAGAGACUGUUGCCAUGUUUGAGGAUCAAAUCAGAUUGCAAGAGAAAUUUCAGAAAGAGGCACAGCCUCAUGAAAUCAAAAGUUUGAUGGAGAAUGCAGAGCUCCUCCGGCUAAGACUGAAGUCAUUACAAGAGAGCAAAGAACAACUUGAAGAUAACCUGAAACAGAGGGUGGCUUACAACAGAUCAUUGGAGAGAGAAAUGCAUGCCCUGAAGCCAGAAGUCUUCAACAUCCUCAAGCUCAAAGAGAAACACGCUGCUUGGCUGGAUUCUCGGGGUGUGAAGUCACAGAGGAUCGGUGACACGCUGUCGGUGGGCAAAGUGGAAGGUGAGGAGCUGCCUCACCACGAUCAGAGCACCUGGAUGUUGCAUAACUGCUCACGCAGUGAAGCCGAACAGCUGUUGGUGGGGAAAAAGGAUGGGACGUUCUUGGUUCGACCCAGUCGCACAGGACAGUAUGCGCUCUCUAUCACGUGCAAUGAAACAAUAAACCACUGCAUCAUCUACCAGACAGAGCGAGGGUACGGGUUUGCUGAGCCGUACAACAUCUACGGGUCCCUCAAGUCCUUGGUGCUGCACUACGCUCAGAACUCGCUAGAGGAACACAACGACUCGCUGACCACAACUCUGGCGUACCCUGUGUUUGCGCGUGACUGUGCAGGAUCCAGCGUUGAACCCCAUGUGGGCUAUGUGACAUUCAACACACACUAGCACCUAGAUCAAGCUGUCCAUCUCUUGUCAACGAGUACACUACAUCAAGCAACUUUACCACUACAUCAUAUUCGCCAAUGUAACUCUAAUUGAAAAUGCUAAAACACCACAACAUUUUCAACUUUUGAUUCCAACAGAACAUAAUACGAAGCAUAAUAGAAUAACAUUUUCAACCUUUGAUUCCAACAGAACAUAAUACGAAGCAUAAUAGAAUAACAUUUUCAACCUUUGAUUCCAACAGAACAUAAUACGAAGCAUAAUAGAAUAACAUUUUCAACUUUUGUUUCCAACAGAACAUAAUACGAAGCAUAAUAGAAUAACAUUUUCAACUUUUGAUUCCAACAGAACAUAAUACGAAGCAUAAUAGAAUAACAUUUUCAACUUUUGUUUCCAACAGAACAUAAUACGAAGCAUAAUAGAAUAACAUUUUCAACUUUUGUUUCCAACAGAACAUAAUACGAAGCAUAAUAGAAUGGAUAUAAUUCAGAUUAAUAUAGAUUUUAUUUAUUAAGUUUUAUAGGGAUUUUUACAGUUUAUAGGAUGUUCAAAUUAAUGAAUUUUUAGAGGAAAACAACAAAUUGUCAUUGCUUUUAUACAAUUUGUUUGAAUCAAGAUAUUUUCUUACGUCUCAUACCAGUGCAACUUUAAUGCGAAUAGCAUAUAUUUUGUUAUACCCAAGAAGGUGGGUUAUUAGUUCUGAAACAUUAUAUGUUAGCCUGAACAUUUAUUCAAAAACAAGGUUAUUGUCAAUUGUUCUGUUUUGUAUUUCAGGAGCUCUUUUAAAUCAUAAAAUUGUACGUAUAGAACCAUCCAAAAUACAAAUUAUUUAAGGUUGUCAUUUAGCAAACUCAUAUAAAACAUAUCCAAAGAUACUGCUGAUAUUUUCAGUGUCUUAUCAAAAUGAACCAAAAAGGAAGCGUAUUAAAAAGUAAGCCUAAUCCAGUAAAUUCUGUUAUCACAUCUUCUUGA